AUGGGAUUGGAAAUUGGUUAUUUGUUGUUUUGUAAUAAAAUAAAAUCUAACCAUUAUAUAAUUAAUAAAUUAAUUCAUAGACGAGAAACUAUGACAAGGCAUCUAAGAAGAAGUGGCCGGCUCGAUCAUGAGGAGCAGCACGACAGAUCUACUCGCUCAACACGUCGCUCGACCAGAUUAUCAUCGCCAAACUAUUCGAAUUUAGAUAUUGAUCUGGCAGAAAAUUAUGAAGAAUAUAAUGAUGAAGACGAAGACGAAGAAGCAAAAAAACAAGAUACCACCCCUCGCAGAAAUCCCAGAAGAGCCGUGAAACAAGAGGACGACGACGAAGACGACGAAGAAGAAGAAGAAGAAGAAGAAGAGGAUGAUGAUGAGGAAGAAGAAGAAGAAGAAGAAGAAACUCAUGUCAACAACGAGGAAAAUGAUGAAGAGGAAGAGGAGGAAGAAGAUGGAGAACCUGAUCUCGAGGAUGGAUCAAAAACACCCAAAGAAGGUAAAAGAGGUAGAGGAAGACCUCCAGGAAGUAGAAAUAAAUCAACCAUUGCACGUUUGGCAAAGUACGGGCUUGGCAGCGAUGAUUAUUUCGAAGCACCGGCUAGGAAGAAGAAGAAGCCAGGAAGAAAACCGGGAUUCAAGGUUGCAAGGAAGGUCCAUAGUCCAUUCCCAAUUCCCCUUGACGAUGACGGGAACCCAAUUUCUUUGAAUAAUGAAAAUGAUGAGUAUAAUAUCAAGGACGAUGCCAAAGGUGAUCAAAAGAUUGAUAAAUAUGGGUACUUGCAAGGCGGCCGUGAUUUUAGAGUUAGAACUUUCACAGUGACAGGUAAUGGUGAUAAAUUGUACAUGUUGUCAACUGAGCCGGCAAGAUGUAUUGGUUAUAGAGAUGCCUAUUACUUGUUUUUGAAACACAACACUUUAUUCAAAUACGUAUUGAAUGAGGAACAGAAACAGGAUUUGGUGGAUAGAGAUAUAAUGCCCAAUUCUUACAAAAGCAGAACCAUUGGGUUGGUAACUGCAAGGUCUAUUUUCAAAGAGUUUGGAGCAAGAAUCAUUAUUGGUGGUAAAAAAGUCAUUGAUGACUAUUAUGAAGAUCAAGCCAAAAAAGAAGGAGCAGUGGAAGGUGAAAUUGCCGAGCCCGACGAUCCAGUUCCUCUUAACAAACAAGAUUACAAUAAAAAGAGGUACAUUGCCUGGCACGGUGGUUCGCAGAUAUACCAACAACAGAAUCAAACAGCGAUUAUAAAGGAUGAAUCAACGAGCACAAGAGAGAAUAUCAAAAGUAAUAGUGUGGAGAAAUACAUUGGGUUUGAAAUGGAUCGAACAUUUUCCAUCAAAUCGCUUAUGUCAGAAAACCAUAUAGACCAAGAUAAUUGGUUAUUAGAACACUCGUUAUCGUCCAAAAAAUUCAAUGCAGACUUGUCGCGAUCCCGAUUAGAGCUUGUGAAUAGAAAAAGAGGUAAGAAAGAUUUGUAUACUGGGGUUUACUUUUAUCCACUUUUAACUCAGUCGUCGACGUCCAGUUGGUGCAAAAAUGUACCGCCUUCGAGUGAGGUACUUCCUCACACGCGAUUCCCUAAAAUCAACCAGAGUGACUGGGGUGGUUUGAAUGGCGAUAUUACGAAUCACAAUGGAGGGCUAAUGUAUCUGACAGUUCUUGAACCGGCUCCGUUGUUGAAGAACACAGGAUUAAAAAGAGUGAGUUUGGAUAUUUUUAACGACUGCGUGAGUGCCGAUGUAAAAAAUGCAAUUUUGGAACAGCAGAGACUUGAAAGUAUAUAA